GCGGCGGCUGCGAUGGUGCUCGGGGCCCCGCGGAGCCGGAUUAACCGUGCUGAUACGGAGGCAACUUCAUAGGAGCUGCUAAAAUGGGCAUGAGGAUCAAACUGCAAAGCACCAACCACCCCAACAACCUACUGAAGGAACUCAACAAGUGCCGGCUUUCAGAGACCAUGUGCGAUGUCACCAUAGUGGUGGGGAGCCGCUCCUUCCCAGCCCACAAGGCUGUGCUGGCCUGUGCAGCUGGCUACUUCCAGAACCUCUUCCUGAAUACUGGGCUUGAUGCUGCCAGGACUUAUGUGGUAGACUUUAUCACCCCUGCCAACUUUGAGAAGAUUCUGAGUUUUGUCUACACGUCAGAGCUCUUUACAGACCUGAUCAAUGUUGGGGUCAUCUAUGAAGUGGCAGAGCGUCUGGGCAUGGAAGACCUCCUCCGGGCCUGUCACUCUACCUUCCCUGAUCUGGAGAGCACUGCUGUGGCCAAGCCCUUGACCAGCACCAGUGAGAGCCACUCUGGUACCCUGAGUUGUACCUCAGCAGAACCUGUCCAUCCCCUUGGAGAACUCCGAGGUGGUGGGGAGCACUUUGGUCCUGAUAGAAACUAUGUGUUGCCCAGUGAUGCUGGAGGAAGCUAUAAAGAGGAAGAGAGAAAUGUUACCAGUGACAUGAACCCCAGCCUGCCACAGCUGCCGCCGCCACCAAAGACAGAAGAGCAUGAUGCCUCUGCUCCCUUCACAUCCAUUCCCAGUACAGUGACCCAGCCAGGCCUCAGCACUGUCAGCAUGGGCAUCCAGACCAGCAUGAGCUCCUGCCAGCCACACAAAGUUCAAAGCAAUGGAGACUUCAGUAAAAACAGCUUUUUUGCUCCUGACAGUGCAAUAGACAUUACCACUGGGAACAACUGCUGUCUGAGCAAUAGUGAGCACUCCAAAGAUCCGAGCUUUGGGCAGAUGGAUGAGCUCCAGCUGGAGGACCUGGCGGAGGACGAUUUGCAGUUUGAAGACCCCACUGAAGAGAUAGGCACAGCUGAGGAGGUGAUUGAGCUGAGUGACGACAGUGAGGAUGAACUGACAUUUGGAGAGAAUGACAACCGGGAGAAUAAGGCCAUGCCUUGCCAAGUGUGCAAGAAAGUUCUGGAGCCCAACAUCCAGCUGAUCCGGCAGCAUGCUCGGGAGCACGUCGACCUGCUGACAGGCAACUGCAAAGUCUGUGAGACCCACUUCCAGGACCGAAACUCCCGGGUGACCCAUGUCCUGUCCCACAUUGGUAUUUUCCUCUUCUCCUGUGACAUGUGUGAAACCAAGUUCUUUACCCAGUGGCAGCUGACCCUUCACCGACAGGAUGGAAUAUUUGAGAACAACAUCAUUGUCCAUCCCAAUGAUCCCCUGCCUGGGAAGCUAGGCCUGUUUUCAGGGGCAGCCUCCCCAGAGUUAAAAUGUGCUGCUUGUGGAAAGGCAUUGGCCAAAGAUUUCCAUGUAGUCCGGGGCCACAUCCUUGACCAUCUAAACUUGAAGGGCCAGGCUUGCAGUGUCUGUGACCAGCGCCACCUCAACCUCUGCAGCCUCAUGUGGCACACGCUGUCCCAUCUUGGCAUUUCAGUCUUCUCCUGCUCUGUCUGUGCCAACAGCUUUGUGGACUGGCACCUGCUGGAAAAGCACAUGACUGUUCACCAAAGCCUGGAAGAUGCUCUCUUCCGCUGUCACUUGUGCAGCCAGAGCUUUAAGUCGGAGGCUGCCUAUCGCUACCACGUCAGCCAGCACAAAUGUAACAGUGGCCUUGAUGUGCGGCCUGGUUUUGGACUACAGCACCCAGCUCUCCAGAAGCGGAAGCUGCCAGCAGAGGAGUUCCUGAGUGAGGAGCUGGCUCUGCAGGGCCAACCUGGAAAUAGCAAGUACAGCUGCAAGGUCUGUGGCAAAAGGUUUGCCCACACCAGUGAGUUCAACUACCACCGGCGGAUCCACACAGGCGAGAAGCCGUACCAGUGUAAGGUGUGCCAUAAGUUCUUCCGAGGCCGCUCGACCAUUAAGUGCCACCUGAAGACACACUCAGGAGCCCUCAUGUAUCGCUGCACUGUCUGUGGCCACUACAGUUCCACCCUUAACCUCAUGAGUAAGCACGUCGGUGUGCACAAAGGCAGCCUCCCGCCCGACUUUACCAUUGAGCAGACCUUCAUGUACAUUAUCCAUUCCAAAGAGGCAGAGAAGAACCCAGACAGCUGACUGGGUCCCAUCAGAGCCAGAGGAACUCCUAGGGGCCAGCCAGGACACUGAUUUUCUCAUGGCUGUUGGUCUCUCCUCAGCUGAAGUUACAAUUUUGCCUUGCUAGGAAUUCUGUUCUGUGUUGUGUUUAAGGAAGAAACAUGAAGAAAUAGCACAUAAGCUGAGUUACUGUUUUUGAGAAGCAAUGGCCCUAUCGCGUUUACCUCCAUACCUGUUCUUGCCCAUGAAGGGCUGUGCGUUUGAUUCUUUUGAGGCUAGUUUUGGGAUCUAAUCAAGCAGUUGGUGUCAACUAGAUCCCUUUGUCAGCCUCUCUAGUUUUAGUUUACUGAUAGGUUUUAUGCUGCUAAGAGUCCAACCCCAGCCUCACUGAAUAGAGGAGGUGGAGAGAGGUUUUCUCUGU